CACGCAACCUUCCCACAACAUUUCUCCGUCAUCAGUCGGUACUUUUGCCUCAUGAUCGCCUGCGUCGCCGUCAUCGGUGCGGCCAAUAGCCCCCUUUACAUCCGUACAUUCGGCGAAGAGGGCGAGGAUUUGGGCUUCCACUACAUCGCGCAUGUGUCGCUGGAUGUGAUCGAGGAGAAACUGCGGGGCGCGGGUAUCACCAGCUCCAAGGACGAUAUGUACUUGGGCUCUCUGGGCCCGAUCGAGGACUACCGAGUGUACGGCUACGUGACCAAUACAUCCGUCAAGUUCGUCGUGGUACUGCAGGACACACCUGUGCGCGAGUCCGAGCUGAGACCGUUCUUCGCGGAGGUUCAUCGUCUUUAUGUGAACGCCAUGUCGAAUCCUUUCGCGCCGCUGGGCGAGCGGCUUACCUCGCAGACUUUCGACAAGCGGGUGUCCAACCUCGUCGUACAGCACAACACAGGCAACUAACCGGUAAUGCGUUUAUUCCUCUUGGCUCUGUGCACUGUAUGCAUUUUUAUCUUGUCUCUACAUACUUAAAGCUUCGACCGACAGAUCGCCCACUCCACUAUCGUCCUCGUUCUCUUCCUCGGAAUCGGACUCCUCGUCUUGAUCUUCGUCGUCGAUUUCGGGCAUAGGGAAACGCAGGAUGGCAGCGAUGCCACUCACUUGGCCUAGCUUCUCGCCUGACACGUGCAAACUACUGAACAGCCUGACGGUACCGCCGUUAUCCCGCACACUUUCGACCAGGUCGACGUAUUUACGACGUGUGGCGAUAUCCUGCGACCGGAACAGAGCGUCCGUGAUCAUGAGCGUCUCGAUGGCCAUAUUGGCGUUGGCACGCUCUACGUGCUUGUAGCCGUAGUACGCGCGGUCCUGGUCGAUAUGCAGCAUGUUGAAGAAGCGCUCCAGACACUUGACGUCUUCCACGGCCUUGGUAUCCGCCACCUGUGACUGAAUUGCUGGAUCAUUGAGCACUUCAUCGAGCGCAUGCUUGUGCCCAGACGACGAAUGACACAGCACGAACUUGGGCUUGUUCUCGAGGAUGAGUUUGUCGUCCUGACGCACAGCCUGCUCGAUCAUAAACUUGAAGAAGUCGUCCUUGACGAAACCCGGACUGGCAAGCAGGACGCACUUGACGAGCUUGAAAUCAAUGUGCUGUCGAAUGGACCGCACGAUGUUCUCAUAAAAUUUCUCCGUGCCCUUGGCGUGGGCAGAACUUCCAGGACGCUUCUUGGGUACACUGGUCUCGAUCUUGGCACGGAUGACAGUCAUGUCACCCUUGAUCAAGCACAAGUGCGCCAAGCCAACCUGCAUAACCACAGCUGCUAGCUCAGCUUGCUUGGUGAUAUCGCACGCCAUCUCGAUACGUUCCAGCGACAUGACGUCCCAGCAGUUCUUGGUUAGCGUGAAGUCGCGAUUCAUCUCGAGAUCAAGAGUGUGGUAAGCUCCCAACUGCAAAACACGACGUCGUUAGUGGUUAUGUGUAUACACAACACAACUGACAGCUACGCACCCGAACGUGUUGACUCUCCAUGAUGUUCUUGCCCUUGAUACGCAGCACACACAGGGCAGGAUCGAAAUUGACUUGUUCCACCUUCGCGUAAACCAAUAUUUAGCAAGUAAAUUCAGUAUUUUCUGCA